CCUCCCGGCACUCACACACACAGCCACACACGCGGCCACAGCCACACCAUAUCGGACUCCCAUUCAGCAUUCAGGACCGUGGGAAACAACUUCGUCAAAAGAGCCAACGGCCAACCAACCCAACGGAACGACGCCCCAGUGGAAAUAGCCGCGCGCGACCUGCCCUGUAGGAUAGCUCACCGCUCACACACACAAACACACACACACGGAGCUGUUUUUUACCGCCGGGGAUUCAGCCAGCGAGGACCUAUAGUUCUUCUCCUACAGCCGGAAUCAUUGAGGCGAACUUUUUUUUGGUAAAAAUUGGUAUUCUUUUUUUCUUUUUCUCUCAGCCAUUUUCUUACAUUUUUGCACACCAAGUGUGCCGUUUAACUUCUGUCCUUUUUGGGAUAUAAACUCUUUUUAAGGCUGUAUUUUCCAUUGCACAGUGCGCUGUAUAACUGGCCCAGACAGUUGUGCGUGUUGUGUGUGAUUACAAGGCUCUCUGGUAGGAUAGUUGCGCCGUGUGGUGUUGUUGUGGGAGUGUUGGAGAGAUCCAGACAUCCAGACAGCGGGAGUUACAGCCAUGAGCCAAGCCGAGGUAUCGACGCUCUCAGCCCCGCAGAGAGUCUUCCAGGAGGCGGUGAAGAAGGGCAACACCAAGGAGCUCCACUCGCUCCUCCAAAACAUGACCAACUGCGAGUUCAACGUCAACUCGUUCGGUCCCGAAGGACAGACGGCGCUGCACCAGUCGGUCAUCGACGGCAACCUGGAGCUCGUGAAGCUUCUCGUGAAGUUCGGCGCCGAUAUCCGCCUGGCCAACCGGGAGGGUUGGAGCGCGCUGCACAUCGCAGCCUUCGGUGGACAUCAAGAUAUUGUCCUCUACCUCAUCACGAAGGCCAAGUACUCCUCUGGCACGCGGUGAGGCGAGGAAAGGCGAGGGAGGCUCGCUAAAGCUCGUUUUGUUCGCGGAGGCUCGUUAAAGUUCGUUGAAAACCCUUUGAGGAGUUAGUAAGGAGUUUUGUCCCCAUCCCAGUUCUUCUUCUAGAAUUUAACUUGAACACUCUACUACAGCUCCCAUAGAACUCUGUGUUAAAAAUCACGCAAAGUCAUUGUGAUGUCACAACGAGAACUCAGCAUUCUGGCAAAAAAAUCUAAUCGCAUAUUUGUGAUGGUGCUCCUCAAAGGGUUAAAAUACCAGAUGGACAGACAGAGACAGAGAGACACAUACGGGCCCUUUACGGCUUCCGGCCUUCCACCUUUCCACCAAAUGCCAAAUUAUUAUUAUUUAGAGACAACACAAGAUGGAGACUUUUUUACCCCUUUAAUACCAACACACCAAACAGGGCUGCUGCAGGCUUCUCCUCUCUCUCUUCGUCCCCCAGGAAACUCAGACAGCGGGAUAGGCCUACUGAUCUGACAUGAGAAGACAUGCAUCUUGAAAAAUAGUAACGCGUUCUGUGCCUGUGUGUGAGAGUAGGCCUGUGUGUGUGUGUGUGUGUGUGUGUGUACAGAAUGCGUUGGUACUAAAGCUUUGUUUUUCUUGACUGUGUGAAAUGUUCAGAUUAAGGAUGGGGGUGAGAGGGAGGGGGUGCGCCUUUAUGCUGAGGGGAGGGGGGAGUGUUGGCCUGCCUGAACAGCGACCAUGGCAACCUGGUCGUCGUGGCAAUGCAAUGCCACCUGAUGAUGCUGUGGCUGAAAUGCUGGAAAAUCAGGAGAGCACAGGGCGGGGUGGAGAGGGGAGGAGAGGAGAGGUCAGCUAUCCAUUUGCCCCCCCCACACUGUUUAGUUUUUUGUUUUCUAAACUACACGUUUCUUGUUUUUUUUCUCUUCUAUUGUAUCAAUUAGCCUAAUCAUUGGCAUGGUUUAAAAUGCGGCAUUAUGGAGACCCAAUACUUUUUGUUGUUGUUAUUAUUAUUAUACAAUGUAAUCGGAGUAACAUCGAUUGACUAAAUGUUAAGUACUGUACAGCAUAGCUUUACUUUGAUCCUUGUUUAAAGCGAGUAGAGGUGUCCUCUCGUCUCCCUGGCAGACGGCGGCAUCAGGGCUGUUUGACCCAGCCGGGCCACCGUACUAAACUAAACCGCUGCGCUGCUUUUUUUUUAUUUUGCUGUGUAAUGAAGAGUGGCCCCCAGUCCGAUAUCCACUUUAUAAUCUCCUGUCAGUAUCAGUAUUUGUGUGGAGCCCCCUGCUGGUGAUCACUGUGAACAGGCCGCCCACGCUGUCUAUGAAGUUUAUGAAGGUACACGAGGCGAGGCGAGGGAGGACCGCGUGCGCGCUGGCUCCACGGCUCUUCUAAACAUAUUUAGGGUCAAUACUUCAUGAAGCUGCUUCAGAUUUUCGAGUGUGAACUGAACAGUCCCGCUUGGAACAAUGCCGCGACCCCUUCUCUCCGCCCUCUCCCCCUCUCUCCCCCCUCCCUGCGUCAGAAAGACAGGACAGACUGCCAGGGCCCUGGGAAACAGCCAUCCCCCCCCCCCACCCUGGC